UCUCUCUCUCAUUUUAAAUUGUUUUUCCCGUUUUCUCUCGUCUCUCUCUUUCUCUCCUUCCCUCUUCUCUCAUCUCUCUCCUCAAACCCUAAAAAUGUCUUGGAAAAAAACCACAGACUCUCAUUCCUGCCGUCGGAAACCCAUCGCGUCGGGACUAACCUCCCCGCUGCUUCACUCAUCCACAACUAAGCUUAAUCUUCCAUGAAAAUGCUUCUUUCAUUCAUCCACAACAACUAAGUUGAAUCUUCCAUGAAAAUGAUAGGGUUGCAGAGGCGAGUUUGGUGGUCGGAUUCGUAGAGUGGAAGCCAGAAUCGGUUCCGUGGUGAGCGGCGGUCGGAAGAACGUACAGUGAACGAUGAAGCUGUUUGAGUUUCCUCAUGAGCAUCCCACUUGUCUCUUGUGCCUUCACUUCAACUCCUCUGCAGAAAGGAGGACUCUCAACUGGAGAUGUGGCAGCACUGUACAGAUCAACACAAUCCUCACAUUCAUCGACCUUUUUCCAUCCACAAAGACCAAAGUCGAAUCAUCUACAACAACAAUCAUCGGCGACAAGGGUGACGACAUUAAAGUAUCGUAUCUCCACCAUCUAACAAUGCUACUGUUGUGGAUAUUACAAGAAAGUUCUCAGCAAAUCAGAAUACUAUUACGGUUGGCGGGUCUUUUGCUAUUAACCCUCUGACACAUCCAUGUAUACUUCUAUGUCAGGUUUUGUAAAAUGAUACAUGACAUAUUGUACUUUGCAUUACUCAUAUUUUUCUAAUUUUACUUACUGUUAAAAGAGUUUUCAAUAUUAUAACAAACCAACUAUGUAAAUGAUGUGUACUUUCCUGCAUUUAUCAGUUUUGAAUCCAACUUCACAACCCUCAAUGAAACUCGACAACCCUCCAUGUUAGUGGUAAACAAGUAUACUAUAGUGCCUUCAAUGAAACUUUGUAUUUUAUCAAUUCACCGAAGUUGUAUUCGUUUUACUGUAUUGCUUUCUACAUUAUAAUUGAAAGAAAUGACUGCAACAUAUAUUUUUGAAGAACCAUUUUUUCUUUCUACUUGUUGAGUUAAUGAAAUGACACAAGUUUUGAUCUUAAUAUCCCUUUUGCUUUCAAACAACUAUGUAUUUUAUCAACUGACCAAAGUUGUAUACUUGUAUUUGUUUUCUACUAUUUGCAUUCUACAUUCUAUUGGAAGGAAAUGAUCAACUAAAAGAUCUAUUUUACAAGUACUACUUAAAGUUGUUAGUCACUGUCUUAGAUCUAAUGGUGGUCUGUGUCUGUGUUAAGAUGCUCUAUGUAUACCAACUUCCAAAGUUAAAAUUUAUUGGAAGAGGUUAUGCAAAGAAAAUUGAAAGAGAUUAUGCAUAGAAAAUUGAAAGUUAAAGAAGUCUAAUAAACCAAGAUCCAACCUAUGAAUUUAUGAAGUAGUCUAUUGAGUUAUGCAGAACUUUUGUUUUCAUUUGAAUAAUAACUAUUCAGAUACCCCCACUUUAUAUAUUUAGAUAACUGUUCAAACAACAUGCAUGCAAUGCGCUAUCAAACUGUUUUAUAAAUAA